UUCGCUUUCUACUUCUUGUUUUUCCCGGAAAAGUUUCAUCAUCCUUUGCCAAGAAACGGCAACGGUGGUUUUGUGAGGUUUAUUUGACUUUGUCCCCAUUGUCCGAAAGUGUUCAAAAGCACGAUAUUCCAUUGAAGGACGGAUACGGUAGACCAUGGAAACUGAGAGAUGAAAAGUCAAACUUUAUUUCAAAACAUCGAUUUUUCCAAAAUACUAAGCUCUUGAAAGGUGUUGUCCUUAAAAAUGAAGGUCACCUGUUCGAAAGCAGCAAUCUAGCUACCGCACAACUGCAGAAUCUUUCCCUUUCAAAGAGGAGAGAGAUCAUAAAGAAAGGUGAACGUGCUGACGAGGGCGAAAAGCAACGUGAUUUCCCUACAAGAAAAAUUAUUUUGACUUAUCAAAAUGUCUUCAGAGGGAGCUGUACAUCAAGAGGAAAGUAGCAACAUAUUUGACAAAGAAGGAGGGAGCAGUGUUAGUGUCGAUUUGGAUUCUGAUUGCUGUCACCAAAAUGAAGAUCAGUUAGGUGCAGCCAAGUGCCCUAUGCAUGAAGAUCGUACUGAGCUUAGUCGAUCCUUGUUUGGUUUACCAGAGGACGAAUCACACCUCCCCACAGUGGACGAAGAAACGAAAUCUUCUAGUUGUGGGCAAGAAAUUCGAAGAAAGGAAAGUCACAGGUCUGCAUCCGUUCGUGGACAUAGUUCAGUGAAGAGUGACUGUAAAGAUGUAGGCGCACGUUCUUUUCCUAGACGAGGAAGUGACGACGUUCCAUCUUUACAGCGAAAAAGUCACAGAAGGGAUGCUCCAGGAAAAUCAAAGAAAACCACUGGCAAACAUUCUGGUGACACUCCAGUGACUCCAAAGCGUGGAAGGGAUCUUGAAUACAGAGAUAAGAAAUACAACCAAGCUAAAAAAACUAGAAAACCUUUUAGAAGUGAAAGAGACAAGAAAGUUGCUGCUCCAUCCUUGGCUGAACAACCCUGUCGUUUGGUCUUCAAACCUCCCUCAGAGCUCCCUGUCAAAAAAGAUGUCGUGACACUCUACCUUAAAGAAUGUUUUGGUGACGAGAUCACGUUUUAUCACGAGGAAACUAAGAAAACUGAUGGUGGGUGUCUCGAAUUUACAUUUGUCUUUCAGAAUAAUGAGCAAGGAAGAAGAGCUGAACUGAUUCUAAAAGAAAACAUCAGAGAAGCUGGAGAAAAAAUUGAAGUUUCUAUUCUCACGGAGGGAGCGCGUACUGAUAUGAUUUUGGUCGAGUGCUUAGCAGAGCUUCAGAAAAAGAUGACAGAAAUCGAAAAGCAGCAUACUGUCAAGAUAGAGAAAAUCAGUCGUCACAUUAAGGCUCUUCAUGUGCAAAAGCACAUAGCUUUUAAUGAAUUUGAAAAAAUACGCUCGGAGAGAGAAGUCCUGGAACACAAGAAGGAGGAACUUGAAUCACAGCUCCGAGAAUUUCGACGUUUUGAACUUAUCACAAGAUCUACUCUGGACGCCCAAAGACGGCUGCCACCCUCCUGUGUUGAGCCUACAGUGAAGAAACUAAGGGAAGCAUUUGGUAGAGAAUGUC